AUGACUGAAAGUGAAGAAGUGGUCAACGAAUUGCCGGAUGUGCUUGCAUCUGAUGUCAAUUCCGAAAUAGAAUUUCAAAUUAAAGCGAUCAACGGCCAUGAAGGAUCUGUUAUAAAAAAGGGAAAAUACAAGGGUCAAAUUAUGGGCUUAUUCACAAGUGGGGGUGAUGCACCUGGAAUGAACAGUGCUGUACGUGCGAUAGUUCGAGUUGGUCUAUAUUUGGGUGCACGAGUAUUCUGCAUUCAUGAGGGAUAUCAGGGCAUGGUUGAUGGUGGCAAGUUUAUUAAAGAGGCUACUUGGGAAUCAGUUUCGGAUAUAAUCCAGAAAGGUGGUACAGUUAUUGGUUCAGCACGUUGCAAAGAUUUUCGGGAACGAGCAGGGCGAUUGAAAGCGGCGGCGAAUCUCAUUCGACAUGGUAUUACAUCACUAAUUUGCAUUGGUGGUGACGGAUCGUUGACAGGUGCGAAUACAUUCAGAAAUGAAUGGCCUGAAUUGGUAAAAGAAUUAUUAAGCACAAAGACUAUUACCAAAAAAGAUGCCGAGAAAUGUAAAUCGAUCCAAAUUGUUGGAAUCGUCGGUUCAAUUGAUAAUGAUUUUUGUGGUACUGAUAUGACGAUUGGAACGGAUACUGCAUUACAUCGAAUCACAGAAGCUGUCGAUUCAGUCCGUUCAACUGCUCACAGUCAUCAGCGAUGUUUCGUUGUUGAGGUGAUGGGACGUCACUGUGGCUAUCUGGCAUUAGCCGCAUCACUAGCACUGGAUGCUGACUUCUGCUUCAUUCCGGAAUGGCCACCACCUGCCCACUGGAAAAAUAUUUUAUGUAAAAAGUUGAAACAAAUGCGUGAAGAUGGAAAUCGUGUCAACAUUGUAAUUGUUGCCGAAGGAGCUAUUGAUCACAAUGGAAGCGCAAUAACAUCAAAUAUGAUUCGAGAUGUGAUUAAGAAGAAUAUGAAAUAUGAUACUCGUAUCACAAUCUUAGGACAUAUUCAACGUGGUGGCAGUCCAUCUGCAUUCGAUCGAUUAUUAGGUUGUAGGAUGGGAGCAGAGGCUACAAUAGCAUUAAUGGAAAUGAACGAGGAAUCGGAACCCUGCGUCGUUUCCAUUGAUGGGAAUCAGAUGGUACGGAUUCCAUUGAUGAAAUGUGUGGAACGUACAAAAGCUGUCAAAACAGCAAUGGAUGCGAAAGAUUGGACAGUGGCUUUAAAACUACGUGGUCGUAGUUUUCGACGAAACGUGGAAAUGUAUCGUACUUUAUCCCAAAUCCGUAAACAUGAACCAACACGGGACGGGUUUAAUAUUGCUAUUAUGAAUGUUGGCUCACCAUGCGCUGGUUGCAAUGCAGCAGUGAUGAGCUGUGUCCGAACGGCUAUUCUUCAAGGAUGCAACCCGUACUGCAUCUUUAAUUCAAAUGAAGGCCUAGCUUCGGGUCAGAUUCAAAAAAUGGAAUGGAACGAUGUAGCACUGUGGUCAGCAGAAGGAGGUUCAUUCCUUGGCUCUCAGCGUACUCUUCCCGAUAAUGAUACCUUACCAUUAAUAGCCAAGAAUUUACUACGUUUCAAUAUCAAUAGUUUGAUUAUAAUUGGUGGUUUCAAUGCAUAUCACACAUGCUUAAUAUUUGCUCAAAAUCGUGAAAAGUUUCCACCAUUUCGGAUUCCAAUGUGUGUUAUUCCGUCCACUAUCAACAAUAAUAUGCCGGGUACCGGAUUUACACUCGGUGCUGACACAUCGUUAAAUGAAAUUUGCAAAAUGAUCGAUAAAAUUAAGCAAUCAGCAACCGGUUCCAAACGUCGCGUUUUCAUCAUUGAAACGAUGGGAAACUAUUGCGGUUAUUUGGCCACUUUAUCAGCAAUGGCAAGUGGUGCCGAUGCGGCUUAUAUCUAUGAAGAAAUUUUCAAUGUGCAUGAACUAAUCAAUGAUAUACAUGUUAUUGCAGAAAAGAUGAAAACCGGAGCUCAACGUUACUUAAUAGUUCGGAAUGAAAAAGCAUCAGAUAAUUACACGUCUGAAUUCAUCCGACAACUCUUUACAGAAGAAGGUAAAGGUAUUUUUACAACUCGAACCAAUAUUUUGGGUCACACUCAACAAGGUGGUAAUCCUUCACCGUUUGAUCGACUUUUUGCCGCAAAAAUGGGUGCUCGAGCGGUUGUUCAUCUUCUUGGACAAAUGAAAGAAUUCAGGAAGACAAAUCUUUACCACCCCGGCACAGCAACAUUACAGGGACUAAUCGGCAAAUAUGUCUGCCUAACGCCAGUGGAAGAAUUAAUGGAAGAUGCCGAUUUCGUUCAUCGUCUACCUAUAGAACAAUGGACUCUUCUGAAAAUGUACAAAUUACCAUUUGCACGUUAUCAAAGAACAAACUGUACUACAGAAUUUAAUUUUGAUUUCAUUGGUGGCAAUAAACGACGCUUGAGUCUUGGCGUUGCCUUACUAACACUACCCGAUGUUCUCUUAUUGGAUGAGCCAACAACUGGAGUCGAUCCAAAAGGAAGCCGUCUCAUUUGGGACAUCUUGUCAAAAAUUAGAGAAAGUGAUAUUGCCUUGGUGCUCACUUCACAUACCAUGGAGGAAUGCGAUGCGCUUUGUACGCAAAUUGCAAUUAUGACAAAUGGUGAAUUCAGAUGUCUUGGCAGCACACAACACAUCAAGUCAAAAUAUGGUAACGGAUAUAGUUUGGCAAUACGAUUAUGCAAAAGUAGUCAGAUUGGACUAACAAAAGAGCUGAUAAAAAAAGAGUUUCCUGAUGCGCGACUAAUGAAUGAGCAUAUAUUGCAUCUAAAUUACGAAUUAGCGGUACAGAAAGGGCAAACAUGGUCAAUGCUCUUCGAGAAGAUCGAAAAAUUGGCAGCAUCGAUAAAUGCAGCCGAUUAUUCGAUCAGUCAAACAACCCUUGAUCAGGUGAUCAUCGAAUAUGCAUACAUAAAAGUUUGCAUGAGACUUUGA